AUGCUUACCAAGAGUGAGAAAUUACCAAGUGGUAUAACAAUCGAACAACGUAUUCCGAUUGGAAAUCCUCUUUGCAAAUUGCCUAAAGACUCAGGUGAAAACCGUUGCAAUGGUAAAGGAAAAGGAGUAAAGUGGUAUUUUGAUGUUGAUACAUUUGAAUGUUUAGCCUUUAGCUAUAACGGGUGUGGUGGAAAUAAAAAUCGGUUUGAUUCAGUAACUGAAUGUUGGGAUCAGUGUAGACUAGCGGAUAUGGCCGGAUGCGCAGGGAUGACACUUCCUGCAACAAAUACUCAUGGACAUACAAUUGUAUGUUCCAGUAUGGAAGCAGGAAGUGCCCCUAUACAAAGCUGUCCGGCUGGUUAUCGUUGUACAAUGCUUGCAUUUAUGGGGUUUAUUAUAACUAUUUUUAAUUAUUAA